AUGACAACGGGUACAAAACCAAGAAACAAUGUUGCAAAACGCAGUUAUAGUAGUAAAAGACUCCUCAAUCCUGUCCAAGAAUGGUCUCUUGGAAUUUAUGUCGGGGACCAUGAAAAACUAACUGACGUCCAAAUAAGAGAUAUUGCCAGCUAUAUCUAUAGGUCAGGUCGACCAGAUAUUCAUCUUAAAGAUCUGCCAAAGUUUUCUAAAGGAUGGUAUCAGAAGUUCUGGGACAGGUAUGUUGAAACUUGGGAUUGUCUUCUGGAUGUUCCACCACCUAAAGAUUUUUAUACUGAGCUCGUUCCAACACCUACUGAUCUAUUAAAGAUGGAGAAGUUUUGUGAGAUCAUAAAGCCUGGAAUAAGUCCCGAGACAGCAGGGUGGGUGGUACUGGAGUUGAAAAAAACAAAUUGCCUGGUUGACAGCACAGAUGGGAAUAAUUGA